UGAGUGUUUGGUGGACCGGAAAAGCCACGAGAGUCCACAAAGUCAGCAGACCAUGAGGCCAGAGCAUACCAUAGUUUCAGUGCCACACCCUCAAAAGCUCCAUCAUGGAGAGGACCUACAGAAGAUCUUGUGCCGCUACACCGCAGAUACUCUCAUCUACAUCGACACAGUGAGAGGAUUCUGUGAGGGGAGCUCGAAAUGGAUGCUCGGGAGGGAGUCAGAGUUGGACAUGAUGAAGGACAUCAAGGAGAGGGCUAACAAGAUCAACCUAAACAUAGACCAUGUUACCAAGUCAGAGAGUAAAGGUAAGGCUUUGAAGGAGUAUGUGAAGAGCAAGUUCACCCAGGUGACUGCAGACAGGCGACGUGCAGAGCUGGAGAAGGAGCUGGCUGCUGUGCUGAAGGACACUCUGAUAGGGCUGAAGCAUCUCGAGCGCUUCCUGGAUGCAGUGGAGAAGCUGGCGGUAACCUCGCUUCAUGUGUUCACGCAGGAGAACCAGGUGUUACAUCUGCCAGAGGGGAUCAGCCCUGAACAGGUUCAGGUCGUCAUCGCUGCUGCACAACUGAUCUGCCCUCUCCUCCUUGAGUUUAAAAGAGAUGCGAGUGUCUUCUUCCUUCCCAAACUUCAGAAUGUGGAAGUGCUGUCAUAUCAGCUGGACAGAUACAUUCAGACCACCCAGAAGAUCUGUGACACGUUGGAGAAAAGCUCCUUCUGUGACUUUGGACUGAAGAUGGUUAUGAACGCUGUGGUAGACCUCGAUGUGGAUUUGUCUGAAGAUGACAUAAAAAGGAUGCUUCAGCACAUUAAACAGCUCAAUGACAUCAGGACGAACCAAAACUUCCGCUUGGUGUUCUUGUUCCAGGGGGAAACUUGCAUCAUUGAUGAGUUCAGUGAACGUCGACCCAGGAUGCUGCAGUUUCUAAACAACCUGGAGGAGAAUGCUGUUCAGCUGGACCGGAUGAAUAAGGGGGCCAAGAUUUCCAGUGUGGCAGGCAGCUCAGUGGGGGCAGUGGGAGGCGUGCUUUCCAUUGUUGGUUUGGCACUGAUUCCUGUAACAGCUGGAGUGUCUCUAGCUCUGACAGUGACCGGGGUAGGGAUGGGAGUUACCAGUGGAGUCAACAGUCUCGUCACCACCGCCACAGAGAUUGGAGUGAACCGUAAACAUCAGAAGGAAGCCAGUGAAACCUUCCAGAGCUUCAUGGAGGAUGUGCAGAGUCUCCAGGAUUGUCUAGAGAAGGCCGCUAGAAGGGAUACAGACCAGAUAUUGGGGGGAGUAGGCAAGGUUUUUUAUAAUGCUGUAAAAAAUGGUAUUGUUGAUGCUGCUUCUGCUGUUAAGUUGUUCAAAAACAAGCAGUUAAUGACCAGUGCUGGAAAGGUGGUGGCCCAGGAAGGUAAAGCAUUACGUAAUGUGCCCAGGUUGGCCUCAGAUAUCCCAGAUAUCGGUCAGGCAGCAGUCAAAGGCCCUCUUGCACUGUCCAAAACAGCCAGAGGAGGUCUCAUUGUAGCCAAUGCUCUGUUCGUUGGCAUGGAUGUGGCCUUUAUCUGCAAAGACAGCUACAGUCUGUACAAAGGCAGCGAGACUGAAUUCUCACAGUUCAUCAGAGCCAGGUCUGCACUCUGGAGAUCAGAGAUUGACUCAUGGCAGAAGAUCUGUGAUUCCCUGCGAGAAGGUCUGCUGACAUCAGAGAAACGCCAAGCUGUCCUGGAGAAGCCAUUUUAUCCAGAGAAGAAGAAGAAGAAAGAAAAAGAAGUGGAGAUGGAACUACUAACUGAUGAAGUGGAUGAAAUUCUAAACUUUGUGGAAUUCAGUAGUGCUCAGCUAUCAGAGAUCACUGUGAUCAGCUAUGUGGUUAGUUAACGUGAUCAAACCAUGUGUGAAUAUUCAGCUCAGCUUUUAGCUCACUGUUCAGCAUCAAGAAUCAUUAAAAUGUAUAUUUGAUGAUUAUUUACUACUAACUUUUGGACAUAAAAGCUAAAAGUCCACUGCCUCUGCCCCUGCCUCGGCCUCCAGCUCCACCUCCUGAGCCCACAGACCACCGGCCUGGCCCUGGUCUCAGCCCAGGUCCAUGGCCAUUCCAUUGCGUCAGCCAGCUCGCCACAGCUGAUGCAGUCUGAGCUCAACAGCACUGUGCCACACCCACAAACCAAACUUCUCUAAGCUGCCUCUUUUAUUCCUCACUGGACCCUCAUCCAGCUGUUUGAACUCUACUCCAUCCUCCGUCAAAGACGUCCCUCCGUGCCUUUUCAAUGAGCAACCAUUAUUGUCUUUUUUGUCAUGUUCAUCAAGGACGAUAAAUGAUCUGAACUUUAUAAUGUCGGAAUGUUUAGUCAUCAAUAUCUUAUAGAAGAUAAAUCAUGUGUUAUGUUGAUUUUCACUUUUUGGUAAUAAGGGUACUGCAUUGGAAACAAAAAGGUUUUAACAUGUUGAGAAGAAGAGAAAAUAUGCAGAGAUGCUUCUUUAAAAAACAAAAAGACCAAAAUCAAAAGAAAGAUUUCUCCAUAAGCAAUUACUAAAGUUGUCAGUCAAAGCUACGAGGUCUAUAUUUUUUGUAUUUUCAUUGAUCCUUUUAUCUUUUAAAAUAUAUUUUAUAUAUGCAUGUUUUUUAUAUACUCCUACUACUUAUAUCUUGGUGAAGAUUAUUGUAGAAAAUGGGUUUCCAUUGAGCUCAUUAUGGUGAUUUGUUUUUAAUGUUAAACAUUUACUCAUCCUUAAUCUCAUACUUACUUUAUUUUGAUUAUUACUGUCAUUAUGUUGUUUUUAUUCAAAGAUUUCUUUAUCCUCUCUUCUAAUUUUACCAGUCACAACUAUUUAUUUUGAUUUGACCACAUCUAGGCAUUGA